AGCCAUCCAUCCACCGAAAGACGACAUGGCUAUGGUGUACUAGAAUAACAUGGCGCGAAACGUUUACGUGCGUGUGAUUCGCAGCGUGCUGUGAACCAUAGAACAUUUACAAAUUGACGCGUGUCAUAUAGAGCACCAUCGUAAGGUGGAUCAUCUUCAACAUGGAUAUUCGAAAGUUCUUCACUCCUACAAGUUCUUUCGCAAAGAAGCCAAGCAACGAGGAGCCCAAAAAGAGUGUUGUUGCAGCUCCCACCAAGGGAAAGUCGAAGCAAGCCAAGGCUGCAAAAGAACCCAAGCAGACCAAGCCAGCCAAAGACAAGGAGACAAAGAGAUCUCCGGCGCGGAAUUUCAAGAGCUCUAAAAAUGAAGAGGAGGAAGUGGCCCCCAAGAAAACGGAGGCAAAGAAGCAGCGUAGCCGAAUUAUAGUGCACGAUUCAGAUACCGACGAAGAGGAUCCCCUUCCGAAAAAGGCAAGAAAACAACAGAGAAGUUCCACUGUUUUGGUCAGCGACAGUGACGAUGACUCGGAUCCGCCCAAAGAUCCGAAGCCAACAGUAUCCAAGUCGCCCACGCCUCCUGCCCGAGUGUCGCCGAGAAAGAAGCCAAAAACGAAUGGUUCUGAUCCUCCGGCAAAGAAGCUGGUGCCCGUGACUGCUGAGGACUUCUUUGGUUCCACUCCUAAACCCAAGUUGUCGCUCUCCAAGAAGCUUGCACAGGCAAAAGAGGUGUCCAAAGCAAAGGAAGCACACCACGAUGAGGACUUUGAAAAGACACUCGAGAGACUGGACGAGCGAGAAGAGAAAGCGUGUCCCCCGCUACGCUCAAGUCCACGCAAGACUGCUAGUGUGGCGACAAAGCAGGAUGCCACGGAAACGACACCUAAAGUGGUAUCACCAAACAAAGGAAAGAAGGCAACCACCAGACCACCAAUGGAGGACAAAAUCAGUACCAGAAAGACCCCAGAGAAGGAAAAACUCAAAGAGCCAGAGCCUCCACGUGUUUCCUCGCCUGUGGUGAUGUUGGAAAGGAUAGCAGAGCCCACGAAGAAGGCACCAAAGAAGGAGGAAAAGCCAUCAGCUGUGCAGCCAGCAGAGGCAAAGAAAGAAGUGAGUCCUGCUGUGAGGAGGGGCAAUUCAGCCGGCUACAGAAGCUACUUAGACAGGGAGGGCCCCAGGCUGCUGGGAACAAGGGACAUCCCAGAGGGAUCGCCCGGGUGCCUGAAGGGGGUGACUCUGGUGAUCACGGGAGUGCUGGAGUGCAUAGAGCGAGACGACACGAGGGCGCUGCUGGAGAGGUGCGGUGCCAAGGUCACCCAGAGCGUGAGCCGCAACACCACAUACCUUGUGGCGGGCAGGGACUCCGGCCCGGCCAAGUUACGCAAGGCAGAGGAGUGCAAAGUGAAGAUCCUGGACGAGGAUGGCUUUUUUGAGCUCAUCGAGAGUCGCUCCGGUGGCGGGAGUUCCACAAAGAAAGGAGGGGGGACGGAACCGGAAGGUGCGUUGCCAGCCGAGGCCGCGCCGGAACAAGGAGCGCCGUCGAAGAAAAGGAAAGCCGAAGCUGACGACGAACCUGCCGAGAUGAAGAUUCCCAGGGUUUCCGUUUCUCCUCCCGAGAAAGCGGACGUCGACGUCGCAGCUCCCUCGACGUCCAAAGCGUCGCCGUCAAGGCUGCCUUCUGCGGGGCAGAUGUGGGUGGACCGGUACCGCCCCCAGACGACCAAGCAGAUCAUUGGGCAGCAGGGGGACAAGAGCAACUGCCACAAGCUCAGGCUGUGGCUGCAGAACUGGCACAAGAGCAGGGCGGGACCUAAGAGGCCCCCACCCAAGUGGGGAGGUGGAGGGGGAGACGGCUCUGCAUUCAAGGCUGCCCUGCUCUCUGGUGCUCCCGGAGUUGGCAAGACCACCACUGCCAACCUGGUUGCUCGGGAGGCCGGCUUCAGCGUGCUGGAGCUGAAUGCUUCGGACACGAGGUCCAAGAAGAGUCUGAAGCAGGAGGUGGCUGAGCUGCUGGGCAACCAGACGCUCACAGGUGAAGGCCUCUCCUCCAAGCACAUGCUCAUCAUGGAUGAAGUGGAUGGCAUGGCUGGCAACCAGGACAGGGGAGGUGUCCAGGAGCUGAUAGCGCUGAUCAAGAGCACCCGCAUCCCCAUUGUGUGCAUCUGCAAUGACCGAUCCCACCCCAAGAUGCGCUCCCUGGUGAACUACUGCUUCGACCUGCGAUUCUACAGGCCGCAAAUCAAGCAGAUACAGGCAGCCAUGAUGUCCAUCGCGUGCAAGGAAGGGCUGUCUGUUACUCCUGCUGUAGUGCAAGAGAUCAUCAUGGCUUCCAAUCAGGAUGUUCGGCAGGUGCUGCACAACCUUUCACUCUGGACUGCUCGCACAAAGGGGAUCAGCAGUGAGCAAGUCAAGGCUGAUACCGGGAAGGGCACAAAGGACAUCAGGCUGGGUCCCUUUGAUGUGGUACGCAAGAUCUUGUCCUCGGCAGAGGGCGGCCAAUCGCUCUCCUUGGGGGAAAAGUCGGCGCUCUUCUUCCACGACUACUCCAUGGUGCCCAUGUUUGUGCAAGACAACUACAUUCACGUCCAGCCAUUGGCAGCCCAGGGCGACAAAAAGCGUCACCUUCGCCUCCUGGUGGAGGCAUCGGAGAGCAUCUGCCAGGGGGACCUGAUAGAGCGGCAGAUCAGGUCGUGCGGCUCCUGGUCCCUGCUGCCCAUGCAGGCCUUCUUCUCCAGUGUCAUUCCCGGGGAGCUGAUGAGGGGUCAGCUGCGCGAGAUGGUCAGCUUCCCAGCCUGGUUUGGCAAGAACUCCUCCCUGGGCAAGAGGCAGCGCCUGCUCCAGGAACUGUACAUGCACAUGCACACCAGGGUUUCGGCGAACCGAACGCAGCUGCACAUGGACUACCUGAGCCCCCUGCUGCAUUCCCUGACCCAGCCCCUGAUAGCCAAGGGCGCCGAUGGCGUGCCGAGCACCCUCGGCCUCAUGGGUCACUACUUCCUCCAGAGGGCCGACCUGGACACCGUGGCCGAACUCUCCCUCUGGCCGGGCAUGAAGGACCCCUGGUCUCGGGUGGACUCCAAGGUGAAAGCUGCACUGACGAGGGCCCUCAACAAGGAAGGCUUCAUGACCCCCUAUGCUACCGAUGACAUGGUCAAGAAGAAGGGGAAGAGGGGGUCGUCCAAAACAGCUAAAGGGACUGCAGAGCCGGAGGAAGAAGACAACUAUGCGGAAGAGGAGGAUCCCGACCCGACUCUUGUGGAUUAUGACUAGAAAUGUUGCGAACCACCAGUGCUUGCUCGUUACUCUUGAGGUGGUUGUAGCUGAAAUUGUGUCAUAAGGACUGUCCUUCUGAUUUUCUGUUUUAUUUGCAUCCUUUGUUUGUAUAAAAUGAAGGUAAUAGCGAAAUCCUUGUGUGGAAAGCGAACUGAACAAACACCAACUUGCAUUUAUUAGUGAGAACUGUAUGUUCACACAUGUGACUGCAUUUAUUUUUUGUUAUUUCAUUGUUGAGUAUGUUGAUUGAAGAAUGAUGGCUAAUUGAAACAAAUGAGGUUGACAAAUUUCUUAAUUUAUGUUCAAGCUCAGUUUUCUUUUGUAUUUUAAGACACCUACCAAAACAAUGAUACCACAAUAA